CGGCGUUUACGGCAUCCAAACCAAAAUAUGAAAACCUAAUGAAACACCACCCGAGCCUUCCUUCAAUGCCGGAGAAUAUGUUCUCGGCUCCUCUACCUUCGAAUAGUACUACGCCUCGACCGACAUAUCGACAAUCUGCAUCAUCCUCAAGUUUCGGCGUUGAUCCUCCACGGCCUCCUCGCGACGGGUUCGAGUAGGUCUGGUUCCCUCAAGGAUACUGGGCAGAACGCCAACUUAUGGUACCACGGAAGAGCACUUCUAGGAAAAGCUUCUUCAAGUGGAGGAAUCGCUUGACAAAGUCCGCCAGUGAAUCAGACGUUCGAGACCUCUCAUUCGCAUCUCCUUUAACAUCCCUUUCAGCGCCACUUAACUUCCAGGGUUUUGAACCAACGCAGCCAAGACCACCUUCCAGUCCCUUUGUGUCGGAAUCGGCGCACGUUUUCUCUUUACAGCAUCCUGCCGUCACGCGCUUCUCAGCUCAGUUUCCAGAUUCCAGCGAUAUCCCCCCCAGCAAGAACAGCACAGACUCGAUCUCGCCAAUGAAUAACUCUGGCACAAACGUGCGGCUGAGUACUCCUCCCUCUUCGCCCCCGAGUUCCAUGGGCUUUUAUGUCAAAGCAAAGAAGAGUCUCGAAUCAAAGCUGAAAUUGAAGGCUCGCAGAGAGGAACCAAUGUGUCCAGCUAUCCCACAACAUGUCCAUCAAUGUGCGACAAUGGAUGGCGCAGGGAACUACUCAAGCAUGCUCCAAAUCACUAAAACAGAUUCCUGUCUCAAAGACGAUGUAGUGAAACCCAAGCUCCGAAGAAGACUCUUUGGCAGGGCACCAUGGGCCCGCAAGGAAUCAGCAGAUUCUUCCAGCAGCGUAACCAGCUCUGUCAGGGAGAUACUUAAAGUAAAUGUCAACUAUGUUAAUGGCCAGUUUCCUGGAGGGGAGGCAAGACGAAUAAAGACACCACCUCUGGCCGAAGACACUACGAGCGGCCGGCCACGUUCAUUCUUCACUGAGACCGUUCCUCCAACAGAAGACGACCAAAUGGGCCCUUCGUCAAGAAGGAACUCUUUACAAACGGUUCGUCACCAGAGCAUCGUCGCUGACACAUACGAGUGGUGGGAAAAGAUGCCCAAGAACCCCGUUCGCAGGAGUUUUUUUCAAGAACGAAUUCCUUUUGAAUUUCAGCUACCGGAACAUCUCCCCAGCAGCCCAAUGUGCCCGACCAACGAGAAACAUGUCAGCGGUGGAACCGGUACCUGUGUUUACCAUGGACGCAGGAAGGGUGCAUCUAGAUUAGUGCCAGUGUGAUUCGAAUCACCGUGGGAAGGAAACCUGGAAGAGUAAGCGACCAUGCCUUGGGCAUGGAAAGGUUGUUGGUUUGGAGUAUCGUCGGCCUCAACUCCUGUUCCUCUGACUUGUGUAUACUGCUUUAUUCUUGUAUUGGCUUAAUGAUGAAUCGAG